CUCUUUUAAAUGGUCUGAAAAAACUCUCUUUUAAGACAAUCCAUCUCAGUUACUUCCAACUAAUCUCCGACCAAAAGCAAAAGCAUCCGCAGAACUAGAUUCCUCGAUGGAAGCAUCUGAGCCGAAAACUAACUACACGACCGCCGUUGAGACAAUGACGUCACCGGCAACUUCCUCCGACACCACAACAAGCGUCCACGUAAGCGCUCUCGACGGACUCGUCAACGUGAACUCUCUCUUCACCAUCGCCGUCUUCGUAGGUCUCUCCAUAGCCACUCCAGGACAGCACAGCCUCGAGCUCCGAUCCAGCUGCGACGCGAGCGCUGACGUGGCAAAGAAGCUGCUGGUCUUCGAAGUCGUCUCCUUCAGCUUCUUCCUCUUCUCCUCUCUCGUAGCUCAGGGUCUCAAGCUCGCCCUGAACCUCCUCAACAGCAAAGACGUCGACGAGAUUUUCAGAGCUCAUAUCAACAUCAAGGUUCUGAGAUGGGGAAUGAUGGCGUCUAUUUGUCAAAAAAAAAAAAAAGAAUGAUGGCGUCUGCUGUCGGAUCUGUGAUGGGUUGUCUGUUCCUGAUGCUGUCUAUGGUUAACGUGAUUCAGAUCCGUCUAGGGUUGCUCUCUUGCGGCAGUGAGUCUUCGGCUCAGGCGGUUGCAACGCUGGUGUCGUUGGUUUCCUCUGCUCUCUUGGUUUAUAUCUCUACUGCUAUUUAUGCUUUCUGGCAGUGAAACUUAUCCAAAUCAUCAGCAUUGGAUUAUACAGACAAAAUGAUUUUGUAAUGGUGAGCCCCACUAUUCAAGUUCUAAAUUCACUGGCUUUAUUUUGAUUGGCCAAUGUAGUCUUUAAUUCUUUUUGUUUUUUUGGUUAAAACAGCUUCUCUAUAUUUCUUUGUUUCAUGAACACAAAUGAAGCUGUGUGUUUUGUUGUUUUAUUCAAUUGAGGGAAAGCAUUGGACUCUAUUUAUCUUACACUUUGGAUAUCAUUAUUGAUAUUAAUGGAGAAAUGAUUGGAAUGUU